CUGGCCACCAGACAGGCAGAACCCAACCACACAAUCAAGAAAGCCCGAGGAUUGCCACUUUUCUAUUAAAUUCUCUCUCUCACAACUGCUUUUCGUAUGCAAUCCUGUUCAUAACAGAUGUCGGUGGUCAUCUCGUCGCUGUGUGGAGCUUUUUCACGACGCUGAAACCGGCGUUGUCCGUGGUACCGAAGUUAAUUCGAGGGCCCAUGAACGAGGAUGCAAUGUCGGAGAUUCGUGUUCCUCAGAUCUUCGCAGACUUGAGAGUCUCCAUCGUCCCGAAUGAGAUCCCAGAGUCAGAACUGACCGAUCUCGAAGUGCUCUUGGAGACAUAUGGUGCUGAUACUGUGCCUUAUGGCACUGGACCCGCUGAGUUGAAGGACCUCCUCAAAUGCACUCACAUCGUGUCCGGAUCCAUUGACUUCCCGGAAUAUUAUGCUGCUCUUGACCGGGUCAAAGCCGUUGUGACGCCGAAAUGGGUGAAAGACGGCAUCAGAAAGACCAAACUCUUACCAGUACGCCCAUAUAGUCCCGAUCCAGCCCUCGUUCUGCGCGAUGUCGUCGUCUAUUUCACAGGGUUGCCUCCAGGUGAUGUAGAAGUCCUGACCGGGGGACUCAACGCACUUGGCGGUGUCCUCUCAAAUGGCAAAUCGAAACUCGUCACCCAUGUUGUAGCCUUGGACAUCACCCCUUCCCUUGCGAAGACGAUUGAAGAUGGUAGACUCAAGGCGAAGGUUGUUCUGCCGCACUGGCUCAAUGACUGCCUGAAGCUUGCACGAAGACUCAACGAGCGCCCAUAUCAGUUACCUGAUCCGGCAAUUUUAAACCUGAAUCCACCGCGAGUGAAACCGACCAGUAGUGCAAAUAUCCGCGGAGCAAGCUCUCCUUGCCCGAGUGAGCUGUUGUCCCCCGGAAACACUCCAAGGAGAUUGCGCAGUUCGACGGCCCUUGACGGCCAGUUUGUCUGCUUUUCUCAUGAAGGCGUGUCUGAUGAGCAUCGAAAACUGCGAGAGGAACUUGUCGAGGCUGCUGGUGGUCGGCUGGUUGAUGAAGUCAAGCGUGCCACGAUAUACGUCUCUCUGUACCGCGAUGGAAAAGGCUACGUGGAGGCAUACCAAAGGAAAAUUGUCAUCGGCAACCUGGCCUGGCUCGACUUCGUUAUCUCACACGCAAAGUUCAACUUGCCUACUCGACGACUCAUGCAUUACCCCGUCCCUCGGAGCGGCAUUCGCGGUUUUAAAGGCACCAAGAUUUGCAUCACGAACUACACCGGCGAAGCUCGGAUCUAUCUGGAGAACCUGAUUCUCUCCUGUGGUGGAGACUACACCAAGACUUUCUCAAAAGACAACACUCAUCUGAUCGCCGCCAACGAAUCAGGCGAGAAAGUGGAGGCUGCGAGAAGCUGGGAAAUUCCCAUCGUUAACCACCUCUGGCUUGAAGAUUGCUAUGCGCAAUGCGAAUGCCUGUCUCUGACGCAUGCGAAAUAUGUCUAUUUUCCACACCUGACGAACUUGGGAGAGACCGUCGGCCAAAUUCAAAUGAACCGGGCAGCACUGGGCGAACAGGUUCAAGGCCUGGCGAAGAAGUAUGGCAUCACACUAAAAUCGGGACGUUCGAAGCCAGUCGCAGCGGCUGAUGGCACGCCUGACCCUGAUUCCGACUUGACAGAUGAAGACGACGAUGUUCUGGACCACGAUACCCCAAGUUCCCCUUCGAAGACAGCAUCGUCACGAACAUUGUCUUCGCGAACAGUGAAUGCGACCCCCUCAGGUCAGCCAUCGUCCAAGACACCGAGGACUUUAGUCAUCGGACAAGACAAGGAGAACGAGACCCCCCCAACGACAGGCGGCCGUGGAGCGAAGAGCCGUGCACUCUCGAAAGUACAUGACAUGGCCACAGACAUGAACCUGUUUGACAGAGAGAUGAAGCGGAAGGGGGGCGUACUCCACGGUCGGGAUCGACGGUCAGACGCCUCUAUCGUUACCGAUGACACUGAGGACAAACCCCCAAAGUCAAAGAAGCGUCGUUCCUCUGAAUUCGAUACCUCGACCGAGGUGGAUGAAGAGAUUUCCGUGAAGAAGCAGAAGGUGGUCAAAGCUGUCAAAACGCUGAAGUCUCCAGUCAUGCAUCGGAUGAUGGUCACCAUGUACCAGCCUUGGCAGAAUAAUGCGAGGAAGGAAAGCAACGACAAGAACAAGCUCCGUAACCUGGGCAUUUUCAUCACCGAGAAGCCAACCGAAGUCACCAUUCUCUGCGCCCCAGCCAUCGUCCGCACGAAGAAAUUCGUCACCGCCCUCGCGGGGGCGCCAAAAGUCGUGUCCACGGACUUUAUCGACGAUGCACUCGAAAAUAAAGAACUCCCGGAUCCGGAUGGCUUCGCCCUAGAAGAUCAAGAAGGCGAGCAGCGUUGGAAUUUCAACCUUGUCGAGACCCUUGAACGCGCGGAUUUAAACUGCCGUCAGCUUCUUAAAGGCGUGCAGAUAUUCUGUACGCCAAAGGUCAAAGGCGGUUGGGAGGGCUACAAUGAGAUCGCGGUCGCCAAUGGAGGGUCCUGCCGGUUGUACGAAGGGAAGGAGAAAUUUCACGUCCGAGUUCCCGGCAGUCAGAAGUCGAAAAAGAGCUCACGGGACAGCUUGACCGCGGCGCAACACGAUCCCGUCUUCCUCGUCUCGUCGACGCAACCGGCGGAUCGAGCCUUGUGGGAACAUUUCCGAAAGAUGGCGCAAAACGCGGAUAUGGAGCCGAGGAUCUGUAGCGAGAACUGGCUGCUGCAUGCGGCGAUGACGCAGGAGAUGGAGUGGGGGGGUGAUUCGGUUGACCUGACGGUUUAACAAGCAGAUUGAUGUGACGGGUCUUGGGUUCGGUGGGAUAGGAUCGGAGACGUAUCGGCAGAUUAUACUGCCAUUGGCCACGUCCAUAGUGUUGGCAUAUCUACAUGGCUCCUGGCGUUCUGAUGA